GACAGCAGUAGCCAGAUGGAGCCUAGUUUGUUUUGAAGUAGCUGCUAAGAGCAGCAGCUACUUGUGUCGGCCAGCACUAGUGUUGUGUGUGUGUGUGUGUGUGUGUGUGUGUGUGUAUGAGGGGAAAAGCUCAUUACACCCUGUCUGGGCGAGGACAGGAAACCACUGUUUUCUGCUUAUGUGGACAGGUCUCUUGUUGUAAGUGUGCUGCUCAGUGUGGAGGCCCUCUGUGCAGUUCAAGGUCAGGAAGAUCCAACAGCAGCCUCCAGGAACUAUCCCGUCUGGAUCUUGGGACCCACAGAGGCGGGAGGGCACAAGUUUUCCUCUUCCUCGAUUAUAGGAACACUAUGCAGGGCUUCAGGACUCUGAAGAGGAUAUGAGGCCUGAACUACUGUCAAUACCUCCCAUGACAGCAUCAGUUCUCCCAGCCUGAUCCUGUGUCGGAGACUAAGGGAAUGGGCCCAGCCUCACUGCAGGGGGAGAGAGAGCCGGAGAAAGGGUCCAAGGGGGAGAUGGAGGGCUAUCGCUGCCUUCUGCAGGCAGGGUCCCAGCUGGAGAGCACUCUGCAGCAGGUGACUGUCCCUGUAAGCUUGAAGGAGGUGGGAGGCUACAUAGAGAAACAGGUGGCAUACCUGUCAGGGGGCCGUGGGGAAGACUCCAGUGUCAUCAUCACCCUCCCAGAGUGCUCCGCUUUCAGUGACAUUCCCGAGGAAGCUUUAGCCAAAGUCUUUACAUACCUCACACUCAUCCCUCGAACCAGACAACCUGGAGUAAAAUUUAUCAUCAUUUUAGACCGAAGACUGGAUACAUGGGCCUCUAUCAAAACUGCGCUUGCCAGAAUAGCAGCCUCCUUUCCUGGGAACCUUCACUUGGUCUUGGUGCUCCGACCCACAAGCUUCUUCCACCGCACUGUUACUGAUAUUGGCUUUCGCUUCAGCCAAGAGGACUUCAUGCUCAAGAUGCCAGUGGUGAUGCUGAGCUCAGUCACAGACCUGCUGCACUACAUCGAUGAGAACCAGCUGACUUCAGAGUUUGGAGGCACUUUGGACUAUUGUCAUAGUGACUGGAUUGUUUUACGAACAGCUAUUGAAAGUUUUGCUGUCACAGUCAAAGACAUUGCACAGAUGCUACAGGGCUUUGGCACCGAGCUGGCAGAGACGGCGCUGUCUGAUGAGGGGAAAGCCAUCGAGUAUCUCCUUGAGUCUCACACUGACAAGUACAGGAAACUCAAGGAUGCAAUCAGGUCCGUGUCAAAGGAAGGUCGUCAUCUUCUCGCAAGCCUGGAGAGCUCGGGAAAGGAGAAUGACUCCCAGUGGGAUGUGAGGCUGGACUGGGAGACAGUACAGAGGCUUCUUGCACAGCUCAGAGACAUGGAAUCAGCCUUCGAUGGCUUCUUUGAGAAGCAUCAUCUGAAACUCCAUCAGUACCUACAGUUGCUUAGAUACGAACAAAGCUUUCAGGAGAUGGAGUUGUGUCUGGAGCAUCUGACGGCUCAGGAGAGGGAGCUGUCCAUAUCUGUUGACACUCUAGUCCAAACAGAACAGGCUCUCAAAAGGUUGGACAGUCUAGAAUCAAAUGCACAGGAGGUGAUGUCUCGAGCUCAGAUCAUCAUCCUUCACGGACACCAGCUAUCAGCUGGUCACCACUAUGCCAUGGCUCUUAUUAUGCAGCGCUGCAACGAGCUUCGCCACUACUGUGAUACACUCAAUGCUGCUCUAAAGACCAAACACACUCGUCUUCUGCAAACACACCAGCUGCUGCUUUGUCUUGAACAGGCCCACACUUGGUGUGAUGAUGGAGCGUAUCUGCUGGCCAAUCAGCUGAUAGAUAAGUACCAGUCUAAGGAAGGGGCCCAGGCUGCUUUGAGGGACAUUGAGCAGUUUCUGGAAGGGGCCCCGUCUAUGCUUAGCUUAGGACCUGACAUCCUGGCCAUUGAGUACGAGGCUGUCCUCACACCUCAGCUGCAGGCCCAGAUAGGGAAAACGCUUGAGAAGCAUGUAACAGUGCAGCAGAUGAUCCAGAGCCGACAGACUUCUCUAAGAAAGCUGGCUGAUAAACAUGUGCGACCGAUCCAACUGGUGGCCCCCAGGCCUGAAAACCCACCACGUGCCAAGUCCCCCCUCUUCUCCCCCAAACAUGGUGAUGGUUUGAAGUUUACUUUCGACCUCUCCCUGCCUGGGAAGAGAGCAUCCCGAAAGAGCCCCAACCCUAGAAAAAUAGAGGUGAUCCACGACUACCAGGAGAGCCGGAGCUGCGUUUCGUACAGUCUGGAUGGAGAGGACAGCCCUGAUCUCUUGAAGCGUCAUGUCAUGAGGGAACUCAUAGAGACAGAAAGAAUCUAUGUGGAAGAGUUGCUGUCAGUUCUGCUGGGUUACAGGGCUGAGAUGGACAACCCAGCUCUGUCAGGGCUUCUGCCUCCGAUCCUGCGCAGCAAGAGAGACAUCCUCUUUGGAAACAUGCCUGAGAUCUACAACUUUCACAGCAGGGUUUUCCUUCAGGACCUGGAAGGAUGCCUGGAGGCUCCUGAAAGUGUGGGAGCUUGUUUUCUGGAGCGGAAAGAGAGUUUCCAAAUGUAUGAAUGCUACUGUCAGAAUAAGCCACGCUCUGAGGCGCUGUGGAGACAAUUCUCAGACUGUGGCUUCUUUCAGGAGUGUCAAAAAAAGCUGGAGCACAAACUGGGCCUGGAUUCCUACCUGUUGAAACCAGUCCAACGCCUCACCAAAUAUCAGCUGCUGCUUAAGGAACUUCUGAAACACAGCCCAGAUUGUGAGGGGACUUCAGAACUGCAGGGGGCAUUAACAGCUAUGCUGGACCUGUUAAAAUCAGUCAAUGACUCUAUGCAUCAGAUAGCCAUCACAGGAUAUGAGGGUGACAUUUGCGAGCUGGGCCGUGUGUUGAUGCAGGGUUCGUUCAGUGUGUGGAUCAGCCAUAAGAAAGGGCCCACACGCAUGAAGGAGCUAGCUCGCUUCAAGCCGAUGCAGAGACACCUCUUCUUGUACGAGAGAGUUCUGCUCUUCUGCAAGCGGAGGGAGGAGCAGGGAGACGGCUGCGACAAAACCCCCUGCUACAGCUUCAAGCACUGUCUCAAGAUGACUGCUGUGGGGAUCACAGAGAACGUCAAGGGGGAGGUGAAGAAGUUUGAGAUCUGGUACAGUGGCAGGGAGGAAGUGUAUGUGGUUCAGGCUCCUACAUUGGAGGUGAAGAUGGCCUGGCUCAAUGAGCUACGCAGAAUCCUGACUAACCAACAGAAGCUGCUCAGAGAUGAAGCAUAUCAACAUGGCCAAAUGGUUGGACACAUACCGCUUUCUCCACCACUCUCUGAGAGCAAGCAGCAGAGGGUGUCAGUGAGCUCGGAGGACACUGAGUCAGGGAGGAGCAGUCCAGACCCCCAGCCUCACUCCCCUAAACACCAGCACAACCGCAAGAGUUGGCCCGGAGCUCAUCACUCGGUAGACAUCUGCGAGGGUCUGGAGAAGUGGUCUGGAGGUCGGGACACCUUCCACCCAUCUGACACAGAGGAGGAGGUUUUGGUGCAACUGUCUCCAGGCAGAUACAGGGCUCUGGCUGACUGCCUUCAAAAUGGACCAGACAGCAUUAUCAUCAAAUGUGGAGACGUCAUCCAACUGCAGUGUGAAGACAACAAGGGACACUGGCUGGUGAAAAACCUGAGUCGGCGACAGGAGGGCUUCAUAGCAGCUGCCAGCCUGCGGCUGAUUCUAGUAGACAGCAGUCGAGCACACUCCUCCAGACUAGGGGUGUGUAUAUUUUCUUGUAGACCCAGGGAACCUGAAGCCGAGAAAGCUCAGCUCCCCGUAGAGAAGAAAGCACAGAAUGUGAAUCUAAUAUGUACCUGUGGAUGAUGAACAGAAGGAAAAGGUUGAGCCAUAGCUGUCUCAUAACUGAUCAGCCACCCACUCCUCACUCCUUGGUGACGUCUGCUUUCUCCAGCACAAUCAUUAAAGAGAAAUAUGUGGGACUCUAGAUACCUGAUUUUCUUCCAGGUUAUGAUUGACAAUCUACUGGGCUGGUGUUUUCUGAUAGUGAAGGUGUGCUGUGGCACCAGUGCAAAGGCUCAGGAACUGCUUAGCCCUCUUGGACAAUCAACAGCCGAUUUUUGGACCCCGAUUGGUCUUCCUCUUUUCUGAUUGGUGUGGAGAAUCUUCCAUUUGUAACACACAUAAAGUCAGGAUGUGAGGUUGCUGCUGUAGCAGUUUGUCAUUUCUCAAUCUGUGAAACCCUUCCUCAUUCCAGCUAGUAUUCGGGAUUCUAGUAUCUCCGAAUGUUUGUUCCUGUUUGUCUUAGUGUGUGCUGGAUGGAUGGUAACCCAGGAUUUUCCUGAAACAUUUCUUAAAACAGAGACUUUUGUACAUAUACUGUAUCAUUUUUAACAUUUAUUGUACCUCAGUGUUUCAUCUUUGUGUAGUUAGUUGACAUUUGUCCAUUGAAUUACUUCAUUGUAUUUUUCUUACAUCUCAUUCCUUAAGGCACCAAUCUUCUGUAUAGUCUAGGAGUUAUAAUGCCAAAAUGUGCCAUGCCAUAAUGCCUUUUUUAUUCCUGCUCUUUUGGAGUCUCUUGUAUGUACUGUUUGCAAAAUCAAAUACUCUGUUAUUGCUUUAACCUGACCUCACAGAUAUUCAAAAGGCACUUUAAUAAGGUGGAUAGACGUGAGAAACAAAAAAAUCCGCCUACUGUCUACUGAAUGUGUGCUUUUCUUGUCGCUUUACCUCUCUUACGGUGUAUUUCCUCUUAGUCAUGCUGUUAUUUCCUUUGUUUAUUCUUGAAUGUAUGAUGUGUUAGGGAGUCAGGGGAGACAUAACCCUCUGCAUGCAGACAGCAGUUGACAUGUCAGUGAUGGUAAUGUAAGACAUAAGCGGACAUGAUGAAUAUUGAUGGCAAUGUAUUCCUCAGUGUAGAAGAAACAGAUAGAGAGAGAGAGAGAAAGGGAGAUUAUCCUCCAUGUACCCCUCCCUCACGAAGGCAGAUGCUUCCUCCUCACCAUUACAGCUCAGUAAAUCUCAAAUUCCCCAUUAAAAGGGAUCAUACGGCCAACAUGAAAUAUACCCUCUGUGUCGAACUCUUAAUUAAAUAUUGAUCGCAGACUUAUAUGAUUUUACCACGUCAAAUCGAGGCCCCAGUCGGAGGCCUGCCUUUGAUUCGCUGUUUUUGAUAUGGAAAUGAGUCUAUAAAGCAGCAGGAGCUGUUCCGCACUACGCAUUUCCUAUGUUGUUUGUUUAUGUAUUUUGCUGUCAUGUUGUUCCUAUAUAUUGAGAGGUAUCUGUGCAGCUCCGAAUGAAAUUACAUCUCUAUAUUUUUUACAGGAGCUACGCUUGACAGCACAUCCAAACCCCAUUUUAUUUAUUUUUUAGCUUAUAUGAUGAAGUCAGAUGGUUUCUUUGUAACUUUAAUCCAAAAUGCUGCAGAUUUUGCACAGAUUUUCCUGGUUGGAAAACAAAACAAAACAAAAACCUGCUUAAAAUAUGUGUGUGUCCUGAUGAGCCAAGUAGCCUGAGCUUGUCGCUGAAUGUUUCUUUAAUUAAGAUGAAAAUGCAUGGCAACUGAACAAUGAGCAGGUUUGUAUUGUUAGACAGUCACUGUCCUAAACUGGCUUAGCAAUAAUUGUUUUAGUAAUUGAAAUAAUUCAAUACUUGUUUUAACAUGGUGAUAUGUUUGGCUGAAAACUAAGGCUGUUCCUUUUCAUGCACCCUGAUUUACUCUAUUAAUUAUGUGUUCUUGUUUUAAUGGAAGCCAAUUAACAUAAUAAAGUUGUGCAGACUUUUC